UCUUUCACGGUGGAAGUUCCACCAGAUCAGCAUCUCUUGAUUCGUAAGAUUGGUGCCUUUUAAGUUUUUAAUUAUGAUAUGGGAGAAACUUAGAAUAGUCUCUGGAACCUAUGGAACGAUAAAUAUUUUUGCCAAUUCAAGACAUUCAAAGUGACUGACCAUGAUUGAAAAAGUACUGGAGAUAGACAUCAAUCUUCCAACCCUAAUGAUACAUAAUGUAAUUGUAAAUACUAUAUAAAUUGGUUAUACAAGGAAAACAAAAAAGGGAUUUGGUUUAAGAUGACUAAUCACAUCACGGAUUCACAUUUGCUAGGAGCUACGAAACAAUUAACGAUGGAUAAUAUCAUAAUAAGAUCGGAUCUGAACUAUUUUUUUCACUAUACUUUGUAAAGAAGAAUGGUCAAUAAGUGAACAACAAAAAAGGAUUAUAUCUUAUUUUUAUAAGUCGUAAAAUUAAUUGUUUGUUUUUAUAAGAACAAGAGGGUCAACUUGUUAAAGGUAUUAUUGACUAGUGGAGAAAAAAUAAAAGGGCCAACUUGAGUAUGUUUUAAGUUUUUAUUUGUUUCAUUCUAUCGUGAAACGUCCCCUCCGCCCUUUCAUUUACAUAAAUAUGAGUCUAGCCUCUAAAGUCAAGUAGAAUGAAAGAUUGAGAGAUGAGAAACACAAUAUCUUCAAAAAUGAGUCAAGUGCUAAUUGUGCUUCUUCUCCUUUGCACCGUCCUUUGCCAUACCGAGUCAGCUCUUCCUUCUGUUCAUCAAUCAGUCCUACUAACCGGUAGGAGAAUGAUGGGUUAUUAUAAACAGAAUGAAGGGCCAGUAAGACCAUCGCAGAGCCAACAAGGUGGUGGACGUGAUACUGCUGAUGAUCCUAACGUUGAUUACGGCAAAUAUUAAUUUUCUUUUUCUUCUGCUUUUUAAGUACUGAAAUUUCAAGAGUUUUCUGAAUAAAAAUUUCAAGAGUUUAACAUUUGAAUCGUUUUCAUUUAAAAUAUUGGAACG